AGUGGAAGUACUGGGAAACAUUCUACUGUUUAGGGAGGAAAAGGACUGUAUCUUUAAAUUUCUACCUGCGCCCUAGGAGAAGCUGUGCUGUUAGGGCACAGUAACAUAACUAGGUGCUGUUGGCAGCAGUGAGCGCCUUGCGACUUCCUGACUGCAGCUCACGCGUACUCCGUGCUCGGCAGCGAUUGCGUGGCUGUCCCAGUGACCUUUCAGGCAGCCUCCUCCAGGCAGGGUUAACCCUUGCGAUGCGCGGUCUGCCUCACGCUCUCCUCUCGCUAAGCUCAAGAAAAGAAGUCGGAGCACAGCCUGACGACAGACUCCCUCUACAGCUAAGCUGAUUUAGCACCAAAUUGUAUCCGGCUUCACGAAGUAAAUCCUCAGAGCACUCUAGGAGCUGGGAGGCUGCAGCCAUGCUCCCUUCCCAGGCUCUCCUGCCCGCUGUGGUGCUGGCACUCGCAGCCCUUCAGGCCCUUGCCUCCGACACCUUCAUGGCAGCCGUCUACGAGCACGCCGUCAUCCUGCCGCAUCCCACCGAGGAGCCCGUUUCUCCCAGCGAUGCUUUGGCCCUGAUGAACAAAAACAUGGAUGUCCUGGAAGGGGCCAUCAAGGAAGCCGCCCAGCAGGGUGCCCACAUCAUUGUGACUCCUGAAGACGGCAUCUAUGGCUGGCGAUUCACAAGAGAAACCAUCUACCCCUACCUGGAGGAUAUCCCUGAUCCGGUGGUGAAUUGGAUUCCCUGCACUGACCCCUCAAGAUUUGGUCCAGCACCAGUGCAGGAACGACUCAGCUGCAUGGCCAGAAAUAAUUCCAUCUAUGUGGUUGCAAAUAUUGGGGACAAGAAGCCGUGUGACUCCAGCGAUCCCAGCUGCCCCGGGGAUGGUUGGUACCACUACAAUACGGAUGUGGUCUUUGAUGCACAGGGGAAGCUGGUGGCUCGGUACCAUAAGUACAAUCUGUUUAGAGGUGAAACGCAGUUUAAUUAUCCAAAAGAGCCAGAAGCUGUCACCUUUGAGACUCCUUUUGGGAAGUUUGGCAUUUUCACUUGCUUUGACAUCCUUUUCUAUGAGCCUGCCGUGGUCCUGGUGAGCAAGAUGCAGGUGGACACCGUGCUCUUCCCAACAGCUUGGAUGAAUGUCUUGCCCUUUCUGACUGCAAUUGAGUUUAAUUCUGCCUGGGCCAUGGGCAUGCGUGUUAAUUUACUUUCUGCAAAUACUCACAAUACCACCAUGGCAAUGACAGGCAGUGGGCUAUUCACACCAGAAGGACCUGCUGCCUACCACUACGACAGUGCCACCGAGGAGGGACGUCUCCUGCUAGCAGAGUUGAGUGCACACCCCCGUCUUUCCCCCACUUACCCUCCUGCCAUCAACUGGAGUUUGUAUGCCACGAGCAUCAAGGAAUUUCCUGGAGAAAAUGACACUUUCUCGGGAGCUGUCCGGAAGGAUAUAUUCACUUUCAGAGAACUCAGGCACAAGGAUGGAAAUUACACUGUUUGCCAAGGAGAUCUCUGCUGUCAUCUGGUCUACCAGAUGUCAAAAAAGAGGAGAGAUGAAGUUUAUGUCCUGGGUGCAUUUGAUGGGCUUCAUGGUUCUCUCAUAAAAUACCAUUGGCAGAUCUGCACUCUGCUCAAGUGCCCCAGCACAAACCUGAGCACAUGUGGGCAGCCCAUGGAGAUGGCUCAGACCAAGUUUGAGAUGUUCUCCCUCAGUGGCACGUUUGGCACCAGCUACAUCUUCCCAGAAGUGCUGUACAGCGGGGUGCAGCUGGCCCCCGGGGAGUUUGAGGUAAUGGGACACCCUGGAGCUGUUUCUUGCAAGGUGCUACGUGACGGGCGUUUGAAAAGCAAGCAUGGCACUUCAAAACCGCUCAUUACAGUGACACUUUUUGGAAGGCCUUAUGAGAAGGACCAGCCACAUCCUCUGCGAAUUUCCCUGUAAAGUAUCUCCUUAGGAGUCACACACUCACCAGUGACAGGAGGGGAGUUUCUUCCUGAGCUGUAGCAGUUACCUUGUAUGAUUCCUGUUCUGCAAUAUUGCACUUCUGCUCAGCACCUGUGGCAAUUGGGCUUAUUUGGGAGAAAAUUAUGUGUUCACCCUGGUGUGAGUGCCUUUUUAAUAGGGCUUGAGCCAGUGCAAUUAUUUUUUAGUAAGCAUGAUCUGUCACGUGAAACUUUUAAUCAGAAUUCUUUUUCCCCCAAAAUAUCAUAUAGAUUGCUAGGAUUACAGCAGAAAGAAGACUGAUAUCAAUAUCUAUGAAAUGUGGUUUGUCAUUUUAUUGGAGAAUAAAUUCUCUCCAAGAAA